AUGUUUUUGGUUGUUGCUAUCUCAGUACUUGGUAGUGCUUUAUUACUUGGUAUUAUGCAUCCAGCUAAAUUAAUUGUUGCAUUUGGUAUUAUUGCAUGUCCAAUCCUGGCAAUUACUGUUACUGUUGGAUUAUUUUCAUUAGCACAACUUCGAACCAAUACAAUUAUGCUUAUUAUGCCAUUUUUAGUAAUGGGAAUUGGUAAAUGA